GUACUGUGGACAUGGGCUGCCUGAGUGGCACAUGUGGCCAACGGAUUCAGAUAACUUCCACAGAAAUGGCCAAUGGGCAUUUCCCAAACCUGUGGCCGAACCGAAGUAUGGUCCCAAUGAUACUUAUUCGGGGCCGUAUGGCCGGAUCAGCAAUUGCGGUGAAGCGGAGUCCGGCAAGAUCGGGUGGGCUGGGAUCUACCUGACUCGUGCCCUCUCCAACGCAGCCCAGCUUCUCUACAAGAAUGACCCAGGGAGGCUCGAUGCCUUCGCCGACUUCUGGCGCAAGGUUGCGCGCAGGUUCCGGAGCAACCGGUAUGUCUUAGCCUAUGAGCUCAUCAACGAGCCUUGGUUAGGCGAUGUCUUUGCAGAUCCCUCUCUCCUGAUUCCUUCUAAGGCCGACAAGGUUCUUCUGGAAGCCUUCUAUGAGAGGCUGCACACAGCAAUUCGUGCGGAA